AUGAAGUUCGCUCACGAGUUCAAGGAGACCCUUGAGCGGGAGGCCUUUCCUGACCACUGGCUCGCCGCCGCCAUACCUUAUUCGCAGCUCAAGAAAUGCCUGAAGAAGGUUCAGCGCGAGCUGCAGGAACUCGGCCUUGACAAGAGCACCCUGCAACAGCUCCAGGCCGCUCAGACCGUGUCUCCUGAUGGCGUGCCUGUCCCCAUGGCCCGCUACAACCUCGACCAGGCCCCCUCGCAGUCGCUGCGCCCAUGCCUGUCCGUCUUCGUGCACCUUCAGGACGGCCAGGCUGUCGAUGCUGCCCUUUCUCCUGCCUCGAGGGAGCUCCUGCAGAGGUUGUCCGGCAAGCAGCCUCCCCCUACCCCAGCGGGCGACGGUCCGGAUGCCGUGGCUCGGGAUGACGCAUCUGAGUCGGUCAAAGGGCAGCUGGCGAUAGCCGAGGCGGGACUCGAGCGCAUCGAGAUUCCUCUGGUCUUUGAUGGCGAAUUUUUCAACAUCCUACAGAGCGAUGUCGAUAGCCUAGACAUCCUUCAGCAGCGAGAAGAGAAGUCCAUGGAAGGGGACAUCACCGCGCUUGGUAAAGAUGUCUCGGCUGUGACCAGACCCGCCAAGUUCUCCAAGUCGGACCUCAACCGCUGGCGAGAGAUUUUCGACCUUUAUGUUGAUGCUCAAAUCUUCUUCUCCUCCCAUGAGAUUGACCAUGGCUCUCGGUCGAGCGCAAAAGCCGUGCAGAACCUCGUAUGGUUCCAGAAGGAAAUCCAAAAGCGGGACCUGCUGAACAAGUUCAAAAUGCCGUCCAGCAGGCUUACUUACAACCGCUUCCUGCAGCUCAACGCCACUCUGCUCCAGAACCUCAAGUUCCAGGAGAUCAACAAGACAGCCAUCAACAAAAUCCUCAAAACCACUAAAAUGAAGACAGAGUUUGACAAAAGGACGAGUCUUGGCGCAUCUGUCUCGUUCCGCGCAGCUGUCCGGUCGCAGAAGUUCCUCGCCGGGAACGUGGCCAAGAAGAUGUGUGCUCAACUCGCGCAGGAGGUCGUCUCGGUUGUGCCCCGGGUCGAUGACUACACGUGCCCGAUCUGCUUCUCUAUCGCCUGGUACCCUAUGCAACGGGAGAGCAAGAAGCAGUGUCCCCUCUGCCGCGACGAGGUCGUCAUGGAGGCUGACCUGUCGAAUAUCGACAAGAAUCUGGAGAAGUUCAUGCGCUUGUAUUUUCGUCGCGAGACGGACGAGAAGCAGAAGGCGAACGAGAUCGAGAGGGGCCGAGAGAUAUUUGGUGAUGAAUACAAGCACUCGGCUUGUAACGUGAUGUGA